AUGGAGAACCUGACGCCCGCGCACCACGCGGCCGCCGGCGCGCUCGCCGGCGUCGUGGAGAUCUCGUGCUCCCAGCCCACCAUCACGAUCAAGAACGCCCUCCAGGACGGCCGCACGCCCACGAUGACGCCGCGCGCCCUCUACACGGGCUGGGGCGCCGGCGCCGCCUCCAUCGCCCCCAUCACCGCCGUCCAGUUUGGGGCGAACCGCUUCUACGGCGGUCUGGCCCGCGACGCCGGGCUGUCGGACAACGUCGCGACGCGCAUGUCGACGGCUGCGCUCGCGGGCAUCACCUCCGGCGCCGUCGCGGGCCCGUUCGAGGCCGUGGUCAUCCAGCAGCAGAAGGUGGGCGGCGGCAUCCUGGAAACGGCCAAGAGGCUGGUCAACGAGCGCGGCGUGUCGCGCGGGCUCUUCCGCGGCAUCUCCAUGACGUGCGUGCGCGAGGGCCUCUACACCAUGGGCUACCUCGGCAUCGCGCCGGCCAUCAAGGACGCGCUGCUGGAGCAGGGGUGGAGCGAGUCGUCGGCGUUCGGGACGUCCGCGGUGACGGGCGGGCUGAUCGCGUGCGUGCUCACGCACCCGUCGGACACCAUCAAGACGCGGAUGCAGGCCAACAUGGACGUCGAGGAGAAGCCGCAGUACCGCAGCAGUCUGUCCACCAUGCGUCACGUGCUCGGCGAGGGCGGGCUCGCGGGGUUCUUCUCCGGGGCCGCGCCCCGCGCGCUGCGCCUCGUCGGCGCGGUGUUCAUCCUCAACAUGAGCAAGGAGAAGAUCAUGGAGGGCAUGGUCGCGGCGGGGAUGGGGGACAAGGCCGGGGAGGGCGGCGCGCAGCCCGUGGCGGCGGUGGCGGCGGACCGCGCGUGA